AUGGCUUUCUCCAGCCUCCUGGAGCACGUGGGGGGCAUGGGGCGCUUCCAGGUGCUCUCGGUGCUGCUGCUGUCCCUGCCCGUGUUGAUGAUGGCCAGCCAUAACCUCCUGCAGAACUUCACCGCGGCCACCAGCGACCACCGGUGCCGCCCGCGGCCGGAGGCCAACGCCACCGGACUCGACCCCGAGGCCCUGCUGAGGGUCUGGGUCCCCCACGGGGAGCGGUGCCAGCGUUUUGUGACACCCCAGUGGUGGCUUUUGGAGGCCAACGGUUCAGUGUCCAACAGCUCCGGGCUGGAGACGGAGCCAUGCGGCGAUGGUUGGGUCUACGACCGCAGCGUCUUCACCAGCACCAUCAUCACCGAGAACUUCGAGUUCAACAUCUACAUCAUCCAGCUGAUCUUCGGUGCCGUGGACAUCCCGGCCAAGCUGGUGUCCAUCCUCACCAUCACCUACGUGGGGCGCCGCUUCACCCAGGCCUUCGCCCUCAUCCUGGCCGGCUUGGCCAUCCUGGCCAACACCUUGGUGCCACGAGACCUUCGGACACUCCGGACAGCUCUGGCCGUCUUUGGCAAAGGUUGUUUGGCCGCAUCCUUCAACUGCGUCUUCCUCUACACGGGCGAGCUCUACCCCACCGUGAUCCGGCAGACGGGCAUGGGCUUGGCCAACACCAUGUCGCGGCUGGGCAGCAUCAUGGCCCCCCUGGUGAAGAUGGCUGGCGAGCUCUUCCCGGCGCUGCCCUUCAUCAUCUACGGCGCCGCACCCGUGGUCUCGGGGCUGGUGGCCGCGUUCCUGCCCGAGACACGGAACGUGGCCCUGCCCGAGACCGUGGAGGAGCCGGACCCGUCCCGCCCCAAAGGAAAAUACGGGAAGCAGCUGGACACUGCAGCCUCGGCACCGCGGGACCCCCCCGUGCCCCCUCCCCCUCGGCCAGAGCUGCCGGGGAUGGACAAUGUCAGGAGAGAGUGA